CGCAACAUGAAAGUCUGUUUCCUGGCCAUUUUGGGGCUACUUUCUCUCGUUGCUCUCGCCCAGAGCGAGGGACAAAAUCAGAGUCACAGCGUUACGUGGGGUGCUCGCAUCUUUCGGGAUAUGCACCUGGAGCGGGCUAUCAUAACUGAGAAGUCGAAAUUUUUGCGCGUUGUGUCGCGUUAUUAUAAUUUCACACAAAUCGGUUAUCAGCGUCGCAUCACCCAAAUUGUGGUCACCGAUCAAAUCAGGAAUGGCCAAGGUGGCUUUGCCCGUCUAGAGGCUGGCGGGCCACAAACGAACUUUGCCAAAAUCUAUUUUAAGAGCCAGCGCAACAAGGGCUUCAGCUUUAUUGUGGACAUUUAUGGCAUUUAAAUAUUUGUAUUUAAACAUGUCAGUGCUUAAAAAAUACUGAUUAAUUACAAUUUACU